AUGGUUCUCGAAGACUACACGUACGUCUUUGCCUUUGGCACGAUGUUUGCGCUGCUCGAGGCGUAUAACAAUGGUGCCAAUGAUGUUGCCAACGCGUGGGCGACGUCUGUGUCGUCACGAUCCGUCACCUAUCGGCAGGCUAUGGUGCUCUGCGUGAUCUUCGAGUUGACUGGGGCCUUGGCAGUGGGAGCACGAACUGCAUCUACUAUCAAGAACGGCAUCAUUCCCAUCUCGGCCUUCAAUGGUAACGCUGGCGUCCAGCUACUCGCGUUUGCCUGUGCUUCCGCAGGUGCCGCCAUCUGGGUUAUGUGGUGCACCCGACACUCCGCGCACGUAUCUUCGACUUACUCACUCGUCUCCUCAAUUGCUGGAGUGGGCGUUGCUGCCGUCGGUGCCAGCAAAGUACAAUGGGGCUGGAAUGACGGUCAAGGUCUAGGCGCUAUCUUUGCUGGACUUGGAAUGGCACCUGCCAUCUCAGCCGCCUUUGGUGCUAUCAUCUUCAUGCUCAUCAAAAUUGUUGUGCACAUGAGGACCGAUCCGGUCAAAUGGGCCGUCUUCACCAGCCCAUUCUGGUUUCUGAUAGCGGCCGUGAUCUGUACGCUCAAUGUCGUCUAUAAGGGCUCUCCCAAGCUGGGCCUGAACAACAAGCCUGCCUGGUACAUUGUCGCUGUCACUCUAGGAACCGGAUUCGGGGUCGCGUUUCUUUCGGCUCUAUUCUUUGUUCCCUUUGCUUACUGCAAAGUCAUUAAGCGAGACUACACGCUUCACGUCUGGGACAUCUGGCAGGGUCCGAACCUGUUCUUCCGUGAACCACCGGCAGAUGCAAGCGAGGCGCGUGUUCCGAACUAUGCCGUCAUCAAACACGGCGGUGAGGACGACGAUGAGACAGGAGACCUGGUGGCGCCGACAAAGCCCGCGGAGAAACAAGUUGACGGCGAUGCCAUCACAAAGGAUAGCUCUGAUAGCGACAACGAGAUCAAGCCAGCAGAGGCAGAGGCGCCACCGACUGCGGCCAAGUCGCUUGCCGAGAUGGAAGAUGCUGUCGCCGCAGGCAACCCUCAGGCUCAGUACCGAAUCCUACUUGCUCGCGCCACCGCCAAACACCACGAGAGACUUCGAAAGAGUCGCGGACCUCUGGGCUGGGCGAUGCGCGUUCUGCACCGGAACCCGAUGGGAGCUGGAUCGAUCUACGAAUUGCACAACCUCAAAGCGCUCUGUAACCGUCUCCCGGCCUACGUGGUUGUCGCUCUCCUCUAUGGCGCGCAUUACGAUAUUCAUCGUGCUCAAGUCGGCGUUCUGGGUACGCCAGAAGGCCACCGGAUGAACAAAGUCUACGCCCACGCUGUCAAGUAUCCCAACGAAGUCGAGUAUCUCUAUUCGUUUAUCCAGAUCAUCACGGCCUGCACAGCCUCAUUUGCCCACGGCGCAAACGACGUCGGCAAUGCUGUAGGCGUGUGGGCCGGCAUGUAUGCUGCAUGGAACAGUGGAACUACCGUCAAAUCGAAGGAGGAUGUACCUCUGUGGCAGAUCGCUGUCAUUGCACUCACGAUCUGUGUUGGUUUCAUUACCUAUGGCUAUAAUAUCAUGAAGGUCAUGGGGUCGAAGCUCACAUACCAUUCGCCGAGCCGUGGGUCUUCGAUGGAGAUGGGUGCAGCCAUCACAAUCAUGAUCUUCAGUCAGUACAAACUACCCGUGUCAACAUCGAUGUGUAUCACCGGAGCCACCGUCGGCGUUGGGCUCUGCAACGGGACAUGGAGAGCAGUGAAUUGGCAGCGGGUCGGUUUGUUGUUCUUCUCCUGGAUCAUGACGAUCCCCAUUGCGGGCCUGAUUGGCGGAGGGAUCAUGGGUCUGGCUCUCAACACGCCCCACUUCUAG